AUGUUCGGCGGUGUCAAAAUUCCUACUGAUAAAAGACAAAUAUCUCAUCACAGUGCUCAAACGGAGUGGAAUGCUUUAAAGAAAAAUGAGGAAUUGGUCAAGGAAAAAAUCGAAGAAUAUUUGGAAAUAUAUAACCGUUCGGGUGCAGCCGGUUUACCUGAAGUGGAACCAAAACCCAAACCAAAAAAAGCGAAAAAGAAGAAGAGUACUAAACGUACACUAUCCGAUGUAUCCGAUGAUGAAAUGAAUAAUGUUGAAAAAAGUAUACCAAUCACUCUUCCAUCAACUCUUCGGCCAGGGCCAAAUGGUACAUCAAAUCAAGCUGCCUCUUAUACACCCUAUUCAAAACAUCAAAAAACUAAAGCGCCUGCACAAGAAUUAGCAUUACGUGAAUUAAAUGAUAUUAAUGAGCGUAUAGCAUCAUUAGUUCAAGUGAAAAAUAUGGGUUUAUCAACAGCUGAUAAUGCAAAACAAUUAAAAAAACUCGUUCAAGCACGUAAGAAAAAAGCACAAGAACUCAAACGUUUACAAUCAAAACAGCGUGCAUCAAAUAAAUAUCGUGAUAAGCGAAAGAAAAAAGUUGAACAAUUAUGUGAAUCAAAUCCGGAUUUGGCAAAAGAAUUGGGAAAAAUUUAUCGGGGUCAAGUAGGCAGACCACCUAUUGAAGAUCAAUGUCCAGAUCUGUUAUCAAUUAUUGAAGAAAUAGCUAAAGUGGGUGGUGCAUCGGAUGAUCGUCGUCGCUCAGAAACUAUUCGACCAUGCUUAACACUAGACGAUUUGAGAGAGAAAAUUAAGCAGCGAGGCUACGAUAUUAAACGAACUACAUUAUACUAUCGACUUCUGCCACACCGUGCUAGUUCUAUUGAUGGUCGUCGACAUGUUCGUACCGUACCUGUCCGUUUACGUCGUGCACAAAAUGAUGAACAUGGUAAACAUGAAGAUGGUCAUUUUGCCACAGCUACAAUCCGUUAUAUCAAAGAUUUAGCCGGUAUAUUCGGUAACAACUGCAUAUUUUUCUUGUCACAAGAUGACAAAUGUAAAGUACCCAUCGGUUUACCAGCUGCCAAAAUUCAAGCACCAAUGUUAAUGCAUUUGGAUUAUGCUGUUCGAUUGCCUGAUCACGACUGGACAGUUGCACCGAGACAUCAGCUGACACCAUCCGUUUAUGCUGCAUGUAUGUUGGGUGCUGAAGGUGAAGUCGGUUAUUCAGGUCCCACUUACAUUGCUGUUCGCUCAGCUAAACAUGAUAGAUCGGACGCACAAUCGCAUGCCAAAGAUUUCGAUACACUUGUACGAUUAAAAGAAUUCGAAAAAGUAGCACGUGAUCAUAAUGGUGAUGUUAAACCAAUUGUUAUCAUCACAGUGGAUGGUGGCCCAGAUGAAAAUCCACGAUUUCCUAAAACAUUAAUUGCUGCUAUUCGAAAAUUUCGUAAAUAUAAUUUGGACGCUCUAUUUAUUUUGACACAUGCACCGGGUCAAUCAGCCUAUAAUGUUGUUGAACGUCGAAUGGCGCCAUUGUCGCAUGAUUUAGCUGGUCUCAUAUUACCACAUGACCAUUAUGGAUCACAUUUAAAUGAUAGUGGCGUGACCAUAAACCAAGAAUUAGAAAAAGCAAACUUUAAAAAAGCCGGUGAAGUUUUAGCUGAAGUUUGGUCUGGUUCAAUUAUUGAUGAAUAUCCAGUAAUAGCAGAGUAUAUGGAACCACCAGCAACAACAGAAGAAGAGAAAAGACAAGUUGAUAUUACGAUGGUUAUGGAUAGUCUUUUAAGAACAAUAUGCGCUGAAGAAGAAGCUGAAGAAGGUCAUGAAUUUCGUAUACAUGCGUCGGAUGAAUAUUAUCAAGAAAAAUGUCGUGUACGUGCUCAAUAUCAUGCGGAUGAUGAUGAUACAAAAUCUAACUUUCGAGGUGAAUAUCCAAAAUAUGAUAUUGACGAGUAUUGGUGUGCGACACAUGUCCUUCAAACACAAUAUACGAUACAAAUUAUUCGUUGUAAUAAUCCAAUAUGUUGUGGUGUAUGGCGUUCAAAUUAUAUUCAAGUUUUUCCACAUCGAUUUUUGCCACCACCUGUCCCAUUUGAACGAACACCAAGAGGAAUACAAAUGGCUGAAAAAGACUAUCAAAAAGGUAAGUACAAAAUAGUGUUUUAUCGAGUCACAGUGUUAUAUAAUCUUUUCAACUUUAUUCCAGGUCAAUUUUAUGGUUCUCUAUUUCAACGUAUUCAGUUCCAUGGUAUUGUCAUUAAUCAUACAAAAAACGAUAUGUUACCAUUUGAUUUUUGCUGUUCAUCAGUCAAAAAAGAAAUAAAAAAGCGUAUAUGUACUAUAUGUAAACAAUAUAUACCAAGUGCAUCUCGAAUGAAACAACAUUAUAAAAUACAUCAACAAUAUGAUCAAGAAUAUGAAGAAGACGAUUUAAAUGAUUUGAUUGCUCAAUCAGAAGCAAUAGAAUUAAGAGAUGGUCCAGAAGCUACAACGAAUGGUAAUGGUAGUGGUGCAGUGGUUUUUAAUGAUAUGUUAGAUUGGUUAAAAUCUGAUUUUGAUGAAUUGGAUUUACAAACAAAAGAGGGAGCAGUAUCAAUUCAACGUAAUUCACAAACUACACAAUCACGAGCAUCAAAAAUGUCAAGUAACUCACGGGAGAAAAUCGAAAAAGUUGAAUUAAAUGACGAAGCGGAAGAGGAAGGACAAGAAGAUGAAGUUGAUGAAGAUGACUGGACAUACCUUCAACUCUGA